UUUUUUUUCUUUUUCUUUUCCUCUUGCUUUUCUAAAUGACAGUUACAACCAUGGAACUCCAAGGCAGACUAUUCAUGUAUCACCAAGGAAUGAGACUUACUGCCUUCGAAUCUGGUCCAGUGAAUAGCCGAAAAUCCGUUAUCAUGGUGGUCGGUUUGACUGACGGAUAUGGAGGUGUCCCUUACCUAGGUGUUUUGAAUGACGCGUUGACCAAGCAAGACUAUUCUUUGAUUCAAAUCCAAACAACAUCUUCUUACAAUGGCUAUGGUGCUUCUUCACUUGAAAAUGAUGUCAAAGAACUAGAUUACUUGAUUGAGUUUUUGAAACAGACAUAUCAUAAAACACAUCUUGUUGUCAUGGGUCAUUCUACAGGUUGCCAAAUCUCUGUUUGUCAUAAUAAGUCUGGAAAGUAUCGUCAAGAUAUCGCAGGUUAUAUCUUACAAGCACCAGUAUCUGAUCGAGAAUGGUAUUCGGCAGUGGUACCCAAUCAUCUUCAACAUAUUCAAUUGGCUACGACCAUGCGUGAACAAUCCCAUGGCAACGAAUGGAUGCCUCGUUAUUUGGAUAAUGCACUUCAGGCCAUCGAUGUUCCCAUUACAGCGGAUCGGUUUUAUUCCCUUUAUGCUCGUGGGGGGGAUGAUGAUCUAUUCUCUACUGAUUUGACCGAUGAAGAAUUGAAAAAGGUCUUUCAAGGUGUCCAUCAACCUAUGUUACUUUUAAAUGGUGCGCAAGAUGAAUUCUACCAAUCCUCUAUUGAUCCACUGACUUUUUUGGAACGUUUACAAAAACUGUGUCCUGCUAUCCGUGAUAUUGGCAUUAUUCCUGGCGCCAAUCAUAAAGUCGAUGAUUUAAAUGCUCAGCACAUCUUGGCUUCCCGUGUUCUCUCCUUCUUGGAUACCAUCUGUCUAUAGUUUAUUCCUUUUGUAGUUUGUUUUUUUUAUUUUAUAAAUUGAUGGAUUGAAAUAAAAAGGUGAUCUGGUUGAUUUUGUAGAUGAAUA